ACUUGUUCCACAAAGUUUUGGCCACUUAACGAUGCAGUGUUUCAACAACGGCGCUGUGCUUAAACUCGCAUUUACACUCUUGCUGCAGGUAUUUUCGGCAGUCCAAUCGCUCAGCCCACAAAAUGUCACUACCAAAGAUAUUUCGUCAGCUGAACUUCUUCCGAUUGAUUGCGGUAAAGAUCUAGGCAGACCGUUACGCGAUGGAUCCAAAACUGAAUUACUCGAGUUUCCAUGGCUGGCAUUGAUGGAGCUUAAAAUACCCAAUGGCCACGUGACGAUACCAUGCAACGGAGUGUUGAUCAGCAAGCGUUACGUGAUGACCACCGCUUAUUGUGCGAGGACAAGUAACACGUCUUUGAAACAAGUCAGCUUUCGUCUUGGUGAGUACGAUUUAAACAAGGAUGAUCCGACGAGAAUCAGUGUCGAGGAGGUGAUAGUUCACGAGGACUUUUCGCCGGAGUCACCCGGGCAUUGGGACGAUAUUGGGCUUCUGAGACUGUCACGAGACGUGACUUUCACCAAGUAUAUUCAGCCAGUCUGCCUUCCAUUGGAAUCAAGGACUUCUGACGAGGGCGAGUUCUACGUGGUUGGUUGGGGCUUGACGAAGGAUUCGAAGAGAAAACACAACCCUGAAAAGCUCAAAUUCAAGCUUCCAACGGUUGACUUUGAGCGGUGUUUAAGCCUCUUUCCAAACAUUAGAAAAGGUCAAUUCUGCGCUGGUGGUGCACCGGCGGAUAAUUUCUGCAUUGGUCAUGGAGGUGCUCCUUUGAUGAAUUUGGAGAAGACUAGCAGUGGAGACAAACGGUGGAUCGCUUCAGGCAUCGUUUCAUUCGGUCGGACUAACUGCAUUGGCAAAGACUUGCCGGAGGUUUACACUAAAGUCGCUCAUUACGUACCAUGGAUACUAUCGAAAAUUAGGGCGUAAGAGCGUGUCGAAUAAAUAACGA